AGAGAGAGAGAGAGAGAGAGAGAGAGAGAGAGAGAGAGAGAGAGAGAGAUUAGAACUGAACCUCGUUCUUGUGGUCGCAUCUCCACCGGACAGCAUUCGUGCGCCGCCGGAGAAUGAUGACCAGCAGCAAAACGACGCUUGCUUUCUUCAUCUACGGGCUCCUCGUGCACUGCAGCGUAUGUUCGCCUCUCAGAAUGGAGACAGUGGGAAUGGACGAGGAGGGCAACUCAUUAACGGAUCUAACCAUUAACAGUGACCAGAUCACUAUUCGAAGUUCUCCUUCUGACGACGACGAAUACACUUUGUUUUAUCCUCCAUCGAAAAGAAUGGAAAGACACGCUGAUGGGAUGUUUAAUAAAGCCUACAGGAAAGCGCUCGGGCAGUUAUCAGCACGGAAAUACCUGCAUGCACUGAUGGCAAAACGUGUGGGAGGAGGGAACACAAUAGAGGACGACAACGAGCCGCUUUCAAAGCGUCACUCGGAUGGAGUAUUCACGGACAGCUACAGUCGCUACCGGAAGCAAAUGGCUGUAAAGAAGUACCUGGCCGCGGUCCUUGGCAAAAGCCCUGAAGACUUAGAUUUGCACCAAUUUCUACAAGACAUAGACUUUGGUGUGCACCCGGAUGGGGAUGAGAUUGAGGCAUUUUUGUUGGACUGGCUGAGACAGUUCCCUCCUGAAUUCCCGGCUUUGUGACGCAGGAGGGCAGCUUUCGGCUUGGGUGCCUUUGCUUCGUCUUUAAAAUGGCCACCAAUUUCAGAUGGCACGUUAGUGGCCCUUCAAUGCUGCAGUCACCUGCUCACACCUCUCCUAUUUCGUUGGAUCAUUCGUAUCACACAGCAUUUGCUUAAUGUCA